CAAAUAAUAUAGCAAAGGAACAUUUCAAAAAUGCAUAUGGGCUUAUUGAUGUUCCUGCUAUUCCUAGCUUGCAUUUAUCCAUCGAGUUCAUUUACCGAAUUUCGCUUUGAACCACAAAAUAACCGACAACCGGAGGGUGGAGUUGCUUAUUUUACUUGUAUGGUGGUUGAUCUUAACGAUAUGGAAUACGUUUCGUGGAUUUACGGUGAUGAGAAAAUAAGUGAAGAUGGAAUAAUUCUUGACAAUCAAUUAGAUGAAAGGUAUAAUAUUGAUGGUAAUGCUUUGCUUGGUACAUUUAAUUUACAUAUACGAAACGUUCAAAGAGAGGAUAGUGGACAAUUUGUGUGUACUGUGUUUAAUCGUGAAAACCAUUUAAUUGCCCAGUCGCAGCCAGCUAAUUUAACUGUGCUACAAAUUCCUCGAGAACAUUAUCCACUUUGCUCUCCUAUCUCUGCAAGUUAUAAAAUUGGAGAGAACAUUGUUGUUACUUGUAGAUCAGAAAUAACAAACCCUCUUGCGGAUUUGACAUGGAAACGUAACGAUGCUGAGGUUAGGUCUUCACAAGUUGAAACAUCUAUCAAAACAGAUGCUUACAUAAUAUCCUAUUCAUUCAUUGCCAGUAAAAAUGAUCAAGGAUCCAUGUUUAUAUGUGAAAUGACAACCCCGGCAAAUAUUGCAAUACGACGAAAUUGUAGUACUGGACCAAUCAAUGUUCUUUAUGCUCCACACGUGCGUAUCGAGCAAACGGACGUUGCCAUGCUCGGGAAAGAAGCCAUAUUUAUUUGCUACAGUGAUUCAAAUCCACCAGAAGUAACAUUUGAAUGGAACAUUAAUUCACAGCUCAAUGAAGACAUGUAUACAUUAGAAAAUGAACGUAUUUUGAGAAUUCUCCACACUCAAAAAGAUAUAAAUGGUACAAUUAUUGAAUGCAAAGUAACAAAUUCCAUUGGAAGCCGGUCACAGACUUUUAAAAUCCUUAUUUUUAAUUCUGGUUCAAAAGAUGCUAAAAGCCCAUUGGAAAAGACGAAAAUAAAAACAGGAAUUGAAGAGAAUAAUUUAGACAAAGAAAAGACCAAUAGCAAACGUACAAAACCAGAGACCAUCGACCCUGUAAACAGAAACAAAAAGAAUAAAGACUUCUCAAUAUCACUUAUUAUUGCCAUUGCAGUGGCUUGCAUCAUAGUAAUUUUGGGCCUAGCUCUAAUACCCGUCGGCUACAUGAGAUAUACACGACGACAGCCAAAUGACACCGUCAGUAGAGGAAGACCUGUUUCUAUACCUGAUGUAUACUUCGAGCCUAAGGAUCAUGUGGAUCCUAUGUUACCACAGUUAGGCUUAGCAGCCCCAUGGAUGAGGACUGUAGGAGUUCAAGUUCCUGGUGAAUGUGAAUAUGAUGUGACGUAUACACAGGUAUCACCGCAGUCACGUCAGGCAUACUACUCACAAAGGAUGUACACGGCGGCUUCACUUUAGACAGUUGAGUCAGCAUGUUUAUCAUUAAGUUUUAAGUCAUUUAUAUCUAAGAAACCGACAAAUGGUAAUAUUAUGUAUCAUGAAUUUCCAACAAGGGCUGUAAUGUAGCAUGUGAUGAUUAUACUAAAGAAUAAUUAUUUCUUGAUAAAAUUGAGAAGUGUCUUGUAGAGUUGUAUAUGUGACAUACUCUAUGCGUAAUUUUAGCAGAAAAUGCUUAUAUCAAUGUGUUCCUCUUAAAUAUCGAGGCAAAGCAGUUUCCUUAGGUUUGCCGCAGAUACUCACAUUGUUAAGCAUCAUUAGCCUUCUCCUAUCAGCUCUGCAAUUGUAGAAAAAAAUAGUACUUAUAAUAAGAAGGCACUAUAAAAAUGUACAGAUGUACAGAUGUAAAUAGUAGAUUCGAUAUAACUCAGAAUGCGAAAAAAAUAUUUCAGUAUCAUUGUGUAAAUGUUUGAACCUGAAUUUGAAUAAUCUAUUUGGAUGCUAAUAUACUAAUCACAUUAUGUUGUACUGAUUUAUAUCUUAAGCUUUGCUAAAUUGUGUUUGCUAUUUCUUACUAUUGAUAUAUUUCCUGACUGGAAUAACGUAUUUAUAAAAAAUAUGUGUAGGUUAUUUAAUACUUUUUUAAAACUACUUGUAAUCCCCAUGUUAGCUUACCUAAUAGAGCAAAGUAUAGUCUGAGUGGUCUUACUAAUUAUGUAUAAUUAUAUUAUUCAUUAUGUGUAAAAGUAAAUUAACCUAUGUUUUGCACGAGAUGUAUUUCCAUCAAACGUACAGAAUGAUGUUAAAAGAUGUACAUGAUGGGCAUAAUUAUGAUCAUGUGGUGGCGUAGUUUGAUUUCAGUAUCGUAUUAAUACUCGUUAAUACCCGUAAGCGUAGAAAAUAAUAUUCGGAUAGCAGGGUUAGGCCUAUCACUGCUCUAAUCUCAAAUAGCUGUAUAUUUAAUAAUAAGCAGAAGUGAAUAUAUGUGUGGGUAUGUGGGAGGGGGAGUUGAUGUGGUAUGUGCCGGUGUGUGUACGACGUGUGCUAGUAUUUUGUGGAUGUACAUUUCAAUUCAUAGGAUCUAUGUUUAACUUUAAAUGGGAAUAUAAAAACAGUAAAUAUUCAUUAAUAAUCUGUAGAUAUUUUAAUAUUACUGGAGAUCAGAUUAAUGUUAGAUAAGUUUAUGUACAUUAUAUGUCGUUGUAAUACAGUAUUAUUGUCUAAUAGGUUCUUUGAACUACGUAAAUUUCCAAAAAUGAAGUCUUGUUCAAAUUGCUUCUUAAUGAUAUGAUGAAAAGUAUUUAUGUUCUAAACACCUUUCGAAGUGUCUUCAAAAAAGGUAUAUAUAGAAAAGUCAUAGAUGCCCGUUGGCCUUGACGUUAUCCUGAUAUUGAUGAAAUCGACUAGUCUAGAAAGCUAGCGAGUCUACAAUGUGCAUCAUGAGAUUGUCGUAGUCCUAAUGUUGAUGUUUUCUGCUGUCGUGCAUGGAUAAAUGACUCAUAAAAUGAACGUGUACGGUAGAUUCAUUAAGGCUUUACAAUCACGCUACGGCAAAGCUAAUCAAUGAGGCUCAUCCAUGACGGUAAGAGCUGGAAUUUCCCUGAAAUAAAUUAUGUAGAUGUGCGAGUUGUUAGCAUACUGUUUUUAUGGUAAGAUCGAAGCAUAGAAAUGAUCGAAGCUAAUAAUUAUUUGCCAAUGGAGAAAAUUACCUCAAUGACAAAUCUUAACGGAAUAUUAAGCUUAUAAAACAACAUUAAUUUUUCCCCUAACUUUAACCACUGCCUUGUUAAGAAAGUGAAAUAAACCAAUACAACUAGGCCUAUAUUGUAGAAUAUGACGGAAUGUUUGUAUAGUAUUCCAUAUAUUGUAGGUUUAUACCGAGUAAUAAUUUAGAGUGAUGUAUGAAAACCAAUUAUGUGUAAUGAAUGUAAUUAUAAGUAGUAUUGUAUUUUUUGCAUACAAUUUACUGUAUCUGUAUAAUAGUAUGUAAUAGUUAAUACUUAAAACCCUGAAUGAAAUUACAUACUUUGUUCUGCUUACUCAAUGCGUUCAGCAUCAAAAUCACUAGAUUUUUGUUAAUAUGAAUUCAAAAAUAAUAUUAAAAAUAUAAUCAGUCUGAGGAGCUAUGCUUGAGACAAA